AUGCUAGAUUUCUGGGUCAAGUACUUGGACACGCCCACGUUAUCCGUGUUGCCGCACGAUUUUUUGAGGCCCUUGAAUAGCCGGUCUGUGGAGGCCACCACGCGGUUUUCGGUGGCGCACGCCCCCGACUUUGUCGCCGGGUUGGCGGUGUUUGCCGCAUUGGUGUUCCGGCUUUCCGGCGACGACGACAUUAUCGUGGCCACCGACGCGAACAGUUCCGGCGAGCCGUUUGUCGUGCGCGUGGCCGUGGACGCCAGUAUGACGUUUGCCGACUUGGCCGCGCGCGUGCGGGCCGAAUAUGCCGCGAAUAGCCGCAAGGUCGAGUACCAUAAUUUGGACGACAUUGCGCGGGCCAUCCAGCGCGAGAAGAAGCUCGAGCUGGCCCCGGCGCUUUUCAAGGUGUCGUACCAGCACGCGCGGCCGCUGCAGAAGUUGGAGACCUCGGUCGAGGGGUCCGUGCGCGACUUGGCCGUGUUCUGCUCGCCCGACACCGGCGACUUCCACGUGUUCUACAACUCAUUGCUCUACAAGUCCGAGCGAAUGGCCGUUUUCGCCGAGCAGUUCACGCAGUUCUGUGCGCACGUGGCGGCCCACCCGGACGUGCCCAUCACGCACGUGCCUUUGGUCACGCCGCUGCAGCGGGCGCAGUUGCCGGACCCUUCCUUGGACUUGGACUGGGCCGGCUUCCGCGGCGCCAUCCAGGACAUCUUCAUGGCGAACGCCUUGGCGCAUCCGCACAGGGACUGUGUGGUGGAGACGUGCUCGUUCAUGGACCCGGCCUCCAAAACCCGCACCUUCUCGUACCAGCAGAUUAACCAGGCCUCCAACGUCGUGGGCAACUACUUGAAGCACACGGGCAUCCGCAAGGGCGACAUUGUCAUGAUCUACGCCUACCGAGGCGUGGACUUGAUGGUCGCGGUCAUGGGUGUGUUGAAGGCCGGUGCCACGUUCUCCGUCAUCGACCCGGCGUAUCCGCCAGCAAGACAAAACAUCUACUUCUCCGUGGCCAAGCCACAGGGCUUGAUCGGCUUGGAGAAGGCUGGCGUCUUGGACCCAUUGGUCACGGACUACAUUGCGACCGAGUUGCGCGUGGUAUCGACCAUUCCGCAGCUCAAGAUCCAGGACGACGGCUCGUUGGUGGGCGGUGUCCUUGGCGCCGACUCUGCCGACUGCUUGGCCGCGUUCCAGCAGUACAAGGACACCCCUACGGGCGUGGUCGUGGGGCCUGACAACAACCCCACGUUGUCGUUCACCUCCGGCUCCGAGGGAAUCCCUAAGGGUGUCUUGGGCCGCCACUACUCCUUGGCAUACUACUUCCCCUGGAUGGCCCAACGCUUCGGCUUGUCGUCCAAGGACAAGUUCACCAUGUUGUCCGGCAUUGCGCACGACCCGAUCCAGCGGGACAUGUUCACGCCCUUGUUCCUCGGCGCGCAGUUGUUGGUGCCCACGGCUGACGACAUCGGCACGCCCGGCAAGUUGGCCGACUGGAUGGCCGAGCACGGCGCCACGGUUACCCACUUGACCCCGGCCAUGGGCCAGUUGUUGAGCGCGCAGGCCGUCACGCCGAUCCCCUCGUUGCACCACGCCUUUUUUGUCGGUGACGUCUUGACCAAGAGAGACUGCCUCCGCUUGCAGACCUUGGCAGAGAACGUGGCCAUCGUCAACAUGUACGGCACUACUGAAACCCAGCGUGCCGUCUCUUACUUCGAGAUCGCCAGCCGCGCGGCCGACGCCAAUGCCUUGAAGAACCUUAAAGACGUCAUGCCGGCCGGCACAGGAAUGCACAACGUGCAGCUCUUGGUCGUCAACCGGAACGACCGCUCGCAGACAUGUGGCGUCGGUGAGAUUGGCGAAAUCUACGUGCGUGCUGCUGGUUUGGCCGAGGGCUACCGUGGCUUGCCCGACUUGAACAAGGAGAAGUUUGUCACCAACUGGUACGUGGAUCCAGAGCACUGGAUCGCACAAGACAAGCAGAACUCGCGGCCCGAGGAGGCUGCGUGGCGUGCUGCCGCAUGGUUCGGGCCUCGCGACCGCUUGUACCGCACAGGCGACUUGGGCCGUUACUUGCCAGACGGAAACGUCGAGUGCUGUGGCCGUGCCGAUGACCAGGUCAAGAUCCGGGGCUUCCGUAUCGAAUUAGGCGAGAUUGACACCCACUUGUCGCAGCACCCCUUGGUGAGGGAGAACGUCACGCUUGUCCGCAGAGACAAAAACGAGGAGCAGACGUUGAUCUCUUACAUUGUGCCCAAAGAAUGUGCCGAGUUGCGUGAGUUGAAAGACGACGUCCAGGAGUCGGAUGACCCUAUCAUCAACGGCUUGGCUGCUUACGGGCCUUUGAUCAGAGACAUUAAGAAGUACUUGAAGAAGAGAUUGGCUUCAUACGCCAUUCCAACAAUCAUUGUGCCUCUUGUCAAGUUACCUCUCAAUCCCAACGGUAAGGUGGACAAGCCAAAGUUGCCUUUCCCUGACACUGCUCAAUUGGAGGCCGUUGCGAAGUUAACCGCCUCCAAGUCUGGCGCCAGCGCUGACGAGCAGUCUUUUACCGAGUUGGAGACUGUGGUGCGCGACUUGUGGUUUGAUGUAUUGCCCAACAAGCCACCCUCGAUUGCCAGAGACGAUUCGUUUUUCGACUUGGGCGGUCAUUCCAUCUUGGGAACUAGAAUGAUCUUUGAGUUACGGAAGAAGUUGAAUGUCGACUUGCCGCUCGGAGUCAUCUUCAAGAACCCAACCCUUGAGGCUUUUGCCAAAGAGGUCAGCAACUUCAUCAAGGGUGACCUGGCCGAGUUGGCUGAUGGCACAAACACUGCAACGGAGAUCGAAAUAGACACCACCCAGUCUUACUCUGACGAUGCCAAGCAGCUUGAGUCGUCCGCCUUGCUUGCAAAAUACCCUUCUUUGGACUCCUUGGAUUUUUCCAAGACGGUGAACAUAUUUGUCACCGGUGUCACUGGGUUCCUUGGCUCUUUCAUUGUCAGGGACCUCUUGGAAUGCCGCGAAGCUGACUUCAAAAUCUAUGCGCAUGUAAGGGCAUCGACUAAGGAGGCAGGUCUCGAGAGGCUACGCAAGACUGGAAAGACUUAUGGCAUUUGGAAAGAAGAAUGGGCCCAGAAGAUCGAGGUGGUGUUGGGUGAUUUGGCCAAGCCUCAAUUCGGCAUGAAUGAUGCUUCCUGGACUCUGUUAGCGAAUACGGUCGACGUCAUCAUCCACAAUGGCGCAAUGGUUCAUUGGGUAUACCCUUAUGCCACAAUGAGAGAUGCCAAUGUGAUCAGCACGAUCAACGUGAUCAACUUGUGUGGUGUAGGCAAGUCCAAGUACUUUUCGUUUGUGUCUUCGACUUCCACGCUUGACACCGACUACUUUUUCAACGCAUCCGAUGAGUUGACAUCCAGGGGUUUUACAGGUAUCUCUGAGGCAGAUGACUUGUCGGGCUCCGCCAGUGGUUUGGGUACUGGAUACGGGCAAUCCAAAUGGGCAGCCGAGUACUUGGCCAGAAGAGCGAGCGAGAGAGGAUUGAAGGGAUGCAUCACUAGACCCGGCUAUGUCACCGGCUUCUCCAAGACAGGUGCUUCCAACACUGACGACUUCUUGUUGAGAUUCUUGAAGGGAUGUGCCGAGUUGGGACAGUACCCCAACAUCACGAAUACCAUCAACAUGGUUCCAGUUGAUCACGUUGCGCGUGUCGUGGUGGCCACUGCCUUGCACCCACCUCAGCGUGACUACUUGUCCGUAGCGCAUGUCACAGGACACCCCAGAAUCACGUUCAACCAGUUUGUGGGCAGCAUGAAGACAUAUGGAUACAAUGUGGAGCGCGAGGACUACCCCGAUUGGAGAUCUUCUUUGGAGACGUUUGUCGUGGAGGAGUCCAAGAGCUCUGCGUUGUUCCCGUUGUUGCACUUUGUUUUGGACAACUUGCCGCAAGACACCAAGGCACCCGAGUUGGACGACGAGAACACUGUCAAGGCUUUGAAGGCAGAUAUCGCGUUGACAAACGAGGACGUCAGUGCGGGCAAGGGUGUGGAGGAGGACACUGUUGGUGUGUACAUCAGUUACUUGGUGAAAAUUGGGUUCUUGCCAGCGCCCUCUGCUGAGGGUAACAAGUUACCGGAGAUUGAGUUGAACGAGGAGACAUUGGGCCUCAUCACUUCUGGUGCCGGAGGACGUGGUUCUGCCAACUGA